AUGACCUCGAUCCCUCAAAAGUCAGGCCUUCAACCUCAAGGACAGAGCACCUCGACUCAGGCCGCUUCGUCACACUCGCCUUCCCCGUCGCUCAGUGGGAAGACCUCACCCUUGCCUGCUCCUACCUCGACGGCCGCCAGGUCCUACGCCAGCGCCACCAAAAAGUCCGCGACGGACUCGACCGCCGCUCCCGUCACCGUGGGUGGCCCUUCGCAACAUGGGAAGUCGACCUCAGUAUCUCCUGUGAGCGGCAAACCCAUGCAACAACCUUCCCAGUCCCCCGGCGUCACCAUCGUCAAUGGCGCCCCGGCCGCCGCCUCGCAAGGCGACCAUUCGAGAAAGCCCUCGGUGACCAUCACUUCGGCCGGUACCUCUGGCUUCAUCCCCAACGGUGGCCCUGCCAGUCGUCCCAAUAGCCUUCAGUUCGGUUUCGCCAACUCGCAGAGCUCUCCCAACAUGGGAAAUCCGGCCGUUCUGGCGACCCAGCCUCAGUCGGGCUUGGGUGUAUCCCCGUCGAUGAACCCCCGUGUUACGUCUCCUCAGACCUCCCCUUCGCCUAUCCCGCAGCCUGCCUCGAGCGGUGGUCGGCCGCCACCAUCGUCCUACCAGUCACAGGGAAAUGUGCCCAACUUUGGAAGUUUUGGAGAUGCGGGCGAUGCGAACAUGCGCUCCGGUCCCCAAGCUCCCCUUGGCCCUGGUUCUCAGUCGACCCAUCUCCGCCGCGAAUCCUCCCAGUCCACGCACAGUGAUAUGAGCAACCACAUGGGAAGCGGUCCUGGACGCGGCGGUUACCCUCACCAGGGUGGACGCGGUCGCGGAUACUCACAGUCCGGUUACCAAGGACAGAUGCCCUACUCACCUGGGCCCAGCUUCCGGUCCCCCAACCAGCCCCGAGGUGGCCCCAACAUGGGCCCUCAGUUCCACGCUCCUAACCAGGGACGGCCUCUGGCGCCCUUUCCCAACUCGCCACACCAGCGCAGCCCGGCUCUGGCGACCGCGCACCCUGCUACGCCUCAAAUGAACCAGGUCCCGAUGGCCCAUCCCCAGAUGCCUCCUCAGCCCUACGCCGCCUACGGACAACAUAUGGCCCCGCAAACAGUGAGACACCACCCUUCUGUUUAUAAACCCCCCCGUCGUGGUCCAUUUCCGAAGAGGAGACAAGGAUCCCGUCGUUUCUCUUCGUCUUCCUCCUCGAGCCUCCCUCUUGCACAUACUUCCCCUCCCCCUCUCCAUCUCCCCCCUCCAAAUCUCGCGCCGGAAAGCGGUCAGUUUGAACAUUAUCUGACGCUGAUGAAAAACCCUCAGGCUUAUCCCUAUGACCCCAACUACGCUUAUUACAAUCCCGCCUAUGGAAUGCAGCAGAUGCAGUACAUGACUCCCCCUUCGCCACAGCCACGGCCCGGCAUGCCGUAUAACCCGCAGGCGCCCUACAUGCAGAACCAGUACCCGGUUCAGCCUCCUCCCCAGACCGCUCCCCUGUCGCGCACGCCGUCUCAGGUGUCGAACGACCGUCCAGGUUCCAGCCUGGGCCAGGGCCAGCCUCCUGCAGGUGCCCCGGCGGCCAGCCACGCUCACACGGCCAGCAGAUCCUCCAACAGCCCUGCGCCGCCUAAGCCCCAGUUCGUCAUUCCUCCCACCAAGCGGAGCCCCAUUGUCAUCAAGGACCCCGGUAGUGGUGUUGUCAAGACCUUCGAGAAGGCACCGGCCUCCCCCGCGCGUGCGACUCCAUCCCCUGUGAAGAUCUCAACCCCGACCGCUACACCCCCGCCUCGCACCGGCAGUGGCGCUGAUCACAACCGUACCGAUUCCAAGGCCAAGACGGACGAGGAGAAGAAGAAGGAGUUGAGAGAGGCGGUGCGUCAGAAGAUUGAACAGGACGAAGCAGAGCAACGUCGCAAGGAAGAAGAGGAAGCAGCCGCUCAGAAGAAGAAACAAGAGGAAGCAGCCGCUCAGAAGAAGAAACAAGAGGAAGAAGAGGAAGCGGCUCGCAAGAAGAAGGAGGAAGAGGAAGAGGCAGCUGCUAAGAAGAAGAAACAGGAGGAGGAAGAGGAGGCCGCCAAGAAGAAGGCCGCCGAUGAAGAGGCGGCACGCCAGAAGCUUGAGGAGCUUAGCCUAAAGGACAAGGCAGAGGAGGCCAAGCCUGCUACUGAAGAGCCGAAGAAGGAGGAACCCGCCCCUGCCGAUGAUGAGAUCGACUACGAAGCCAUCGAGCGCGAGCUGGCCGAGAUCGAGGCUAAGGAAGCUGCCGCGGAAGCUGCCUAUUACGCCAAGAAGCAGGCCGAAAAGGAGGAGAGGGAGCGUAAGGAGAAGGAAGAGCGCGAGGCCUACGAAGCGAACAUGAAACAAGCCGAGGCCGAGGCAGAAGCUCUCGAGGAGGAGCGUCAGCGGAAGCGUGAGGCUGCCGCAGAGACAUCCAACAAGGAGCUCUUUGCUGCCCUCAAGAAGGGUGGAUUACCUGCUACAGAGGCCAGCACGCCUGCUGACAGCGGCACCGCCACUCCCGUCUCCGACAUUUCCAUGGGACCUCCUGGCAAGCCUGCCAGUGCCCAGAAGCGAGAGAAGCCUGCUGCUCUGAAGUUGGAGACCACCAAGGCAGUUGAGCCUCCCCAGCCCAGCGCUGCCAUGAAGUCCCUUCAAUCGGCUCGCUUCGUCGACGACUUGAGCAAGAUCAAUUAUCCGUCCUCUAUCGUCUCUCCCAACCCGGCUCUCAAUGCCAGCGCUCCUGCGGAUCGCAAGUUCCACUACAACAAGGAAUUCUUGCUUCAGUUCCAGAGUGUCUUCAAGGAGAAGCCGUCCAUUGACUGGGAUGCCCGUGUCCGUGAGACCGUGGGCGAAAGCGACUCGUCGCGUCCUCAGUCGGCCCGUACGCCCAUGGGAGCACGCAAUCCUUCUCGCGGCGGUGUGGCUCAGCCUUUCGUUAUGGGCGCCUUCGGACAGCCUGCGGCCAGGACCACCUCUGAGCAACGCUUCGCUGCCUCUAAUUCUCGCGGUCCCGCUAUGCCGUUUGGCCAGUUCGGCCGUCCUCCUGUCGGCAUGGGAGCUCCUUCCAUGAGCCGUCCCGGCUCCAAUAUGGGUGUUGGACCCGGAACGCCCCGUGGUGGCGGCAGCCGUUCCAACACACGGACCGGCAGCAAGCGCGAGAAGCAGUCCGGCAGGAAGGAGGAGGAGAUGGCAAAGUCCAUGCCUCUCACCGCUGGCAAGGAUGUCAAGGCGCUCCAGGUCUCCUCGACGGGUUGGAAGCCUCGUAGCAUCGUUCAGCCCGCUGCCGUCGCCGGUCCUACUCCUGGCGGUCAUCUUCCUCCGGAUGUUGUGCAACGUAAGGUCAAGGCCGCUCUGAACAAGAUGACCCCUGAGAACUUCGACCGUAUCUCCGGUCAGAUCCUGGAGAUUGUUUCGCAGUCCAAGGAUGAGUCCGACGGACGUACUCUGCGCCAGGUCAUCCAGCUUACCUUCGAGAAGGCAACCGACGAAGCUCACUGGGCAUCAAUCUAUGCCAAAUUCUGCAAGCGUAUGCUUGAGAGCAUGAGCCCCGAGAUCAAGGACGAGAAUAUCCGUGACAAGAACGGCAAUGUCGUCACUGGUGGCAGUCUGUUCCGCAAGUACCUGCUCAACCGAUGCCAGGAAGAGUUUGAGCGUGGUUGGAAGGUCAACCUGCCUCCCAAGCCGGAGGGUGUUACUGAAGAGAUCGCCAUGCUGUCAGACGAAUACUAUGCCGCCGCUGCCGCCAAGCGUCGUGGUCUUGGUCUCGUCAAGUUCAUUGGUGAGCUGUACAAGCUGGGCAUGUUGACCGAGCGUAUCAUGCACGAGUGUGUGAAGAAGCUGGUCGACUACGAAGGUGUUCCUGAGGAGGCAGAGGUCGAGAGUUUGACUAGUCUCCUGCGCACCAUCGGUGCCAGCCUCGAUGCCUCGGAGAGAGGUCACACCUUCAUGGAUGCUUACUUUGCUCGCAUCAACAUGAUGAUGGAGAUUCCAGGCCUGCCAAGCCGGUUGAGGUUCAUGUUGAUGGAUAUUGUUGAUCUGCGCAAUGCUCGCUGGCAAUCAAAGGAUUCUGACAAGGGUCCUAAGACCAUCCAGCAGAUUCGCGAGGAGGCCGCUCGUGCUCAGCAAGAGGCCGAGAUGGAGCGUCUCCGGCAGCAAGCCAACCGUGGCAACCGUCCACAAAUGGGCCGUGGCGAUGCUCGUAGCUUCUCUGGUUACGGAAACCAGGCCCCUCCUCCCGACUAUGCAUCCAGCAAGGUUGGAAGCGAUGACCUCCGCCGUCUGCGGACGACACGCAACACCAACCAGCCAAUGUCCUUUGGCCCAUCAAGCAUGCUUGGGUCUCGCAGCAGCAGCGGCCGCAAGAACCUUGGCCCUGGAGGCAACUUGGUUCGUGGCAGCGAUGAUAGCGCAGCCAGCAGCCGUUCCGGAACCCCUACGGCCGGAAAGAAGGAAGAUAAGGAGGCCGCAUCGUCGAUGAAUGCGUUCAGCGCUCUCGCUAGCUUGGAUGACAACAUGGCCACCUCACCUCCCUCGAACCCUACCUCACCUUUGCUAACCAAGUCUCAACCUACCGUUGAGCGCCGCCCUUCCAAGGCCCCAUCGACCACCGGCGAGGAAGCAUCAUAG